CCCAGCGCAGCCCUCACAAGCGGCGGGGCUGCCGGCAGAGGUCCGGCUGGUGGAGGCCAGGGGCGCCGGGGGGAGACCGCAUCUCGGCACCUUCACCUCCUCCUCCUCCCUGCGGCGGGGCGGGCAGGGAGCAGGUGAAUGCGCCCUUUGUCCGGCCGAGGGCCCGGCAGACCCGCAGCCGGGCGCUCUUUGGGCCGGCCGCUGUCGGAGGGGAGUACCCCCGGGAGGCCGCGCCGUCCCGCCGCCCUCCGCCCGGCACGGGGCACGGCGCCGCGGCUCGCACCCGCCCGGCGGAGGGGAGCAGGAUGGGCGCGGAAGGCGGGGCCGCGAGGGGAGGUGGAGGCUGCGGCUGGUCUCCCCCGCCUCUCCUCUCCUCUCAUCUCCUCAGAGUCCGGCAGGCGCUCCGCUGCUGUCCCGAGGCCGCCUUCCCCUCCGAGCGGCGCCGCCGGGCGCUGCCCCCCGCGGACGGAGCCGAGCCGGGGCCGCCGCUGCUGCCGGCCCCCACGGCGGGAAGGAGAGGCCGGGCUGCCGGGCCGAGGGAGUUUCCACAAUGGAGAAGAGGGAAGGUGGUAAUCAUGCCAUUGAUCAGAAUGCAGGUCAGAACAUCAUGCCAAGAAGAAAUACAGGAAAUCUUAACUACUUGAAUGUGGAUAUGCAGGUUGCCAAUCCAUCAGAAGCAGCUGCACUUUUUGAUUUACAUCAAGCACACCAUUUUGGUGAGUUUGAACACUCUUCAGAACAGCUCUGCAAGCAGGAUCUGUUCCCUAAGUGGCACUUGCCAGUGAAGAUAGCAUCUGUGAUCUCAUUAUUAACAUUUAUUUACACUUCCAUGAGAGAUGUCAUAUAUCCUUUUAUAAGCAAAAAGGAAAACGUUUUCUAUAAAAUUCCAAUCCUUGUCAUAAACAAAGUUUUACCAGUGACUUCAAUUACCCUUUUAGCACUAGUGUAUUUACCUGGAAUAUUAGCUGCUAGUUUCCAGCUGCACUUUGGCACCAAGUAUAAAAGGUUUCCCCAGUGGCUGGAUAGAUGGAUGGUAUCAAGGAAGCAAUUUGGACUUCUCAGUUUCUUCUUCGCUACACUGCACACCUGCUAUAGCCUGUGCUAUCCAAUGAGAAGAUCAUACAGAUACAAGCUGCUGAACUGGGCAUUCCAGCAGGUCAAACAAAAAAAAGAAAAUGCCUGGAUUGAACAUGAUGUUUGGAGAAUGGAGAUUUAUGUGUCUCUAGGAAUUCUGGGACUUGCUUUGUUGGCCCUGUUGGCAAUAACAUCAAUUCCAUCUGUCAGUCUCUCUUUGACCUGGAGGGAGUUCCACUACAUUCAGAGCAAGAUGGGAUAUUUAGCCCUGCUGCUAUGCACUGUUCAUGCACUGGUGUUUGCUUGGAAUAAGUGGGUUGAUGCUAACCAAUUCAUCUGGUAUAUGCCACCUUCAUUUAUGGUUGCAGUUUUUCUUCCUAUUGUAGUUCUGCUUUGUAAAUGCGUACUGCUCCUCCCAUGUUUUAGGAAGAGGAUAAGAAAAAUCAGAAGUGGUUGGGAAGCUAAGACAGAAGCCAAUCAAACCAGCAUAACUUCCAGACUGUAGAUCAAAUAUGGAAGUUUCCUGUCUAUGUAUCUAACUAUGCUCAAAGCCAUGAAAUUUUCACUCACAAGCUCUGUUUUCACAUUUGCUAUAGAUGUUUCUUUCUCACUUUUUUUUUUUACUUCAGGCGUAUGAGAUACUUGAUGCAAUGUUGUUGUUUUCAAAGACAGAAAAUGAAAAUAUCUAUUUUACACUUUAAUCUAUUCAGUGCUUUGGUAUUUGAUGAUUUCUUUCUUCUGAUUCACUGCUUUUAAAAUCCAAGUGUUUCAUUGUCUCAAUCCCAGUUCUUUUGUAUGCAAAAACAAACAUAAAUUAUUUCUCCAGAUGACCACAGAAAGUAAAAAAAUUAUUACACCACAGAGCCCAGGAAUGCUUUCUGCUUCACACAGCCAUGUGUGUACCUUCAUUAAGUUUCAGAAUUAUAAUGGGACAAAAACUAGAGUAUUUAUCAUCCCAUUACCUCUUAGCACCUGUGUUUCACUCUGUAGAGUGGGGACCUUGGCAUAUGAGCCAGACAGAAACUGUGUAUUCCUGCCAGGUCUUGAACGUACACAACUGAGCAAGCAGAAUUACAGGGAUCUUUGCAAGGUAAAUAUCUCCUGAGGCUUGGGCACACUCUAAAAAAAGAGUUUUUAGACUCAGAUUUCCAUCUUAUCCAGGACUAGGUGUGUCCCUGUUUACUUGAAACGAUAAAAGAUUUCCCAUUUUUUAUUCCAUGAACACAUUCUUUUGUUUCUGAUGCUGGAAAUUUUCCAUGCUUUUGACCUAAGCCUGCAGCCCUUGACACGUGCUAAACUUUAUUUGCGCAAAUUAUUCCAGUGGGAUAACUCCAUCAGGUAAAUGUGUUUUUUUGUUUACUCUAGGACCAGCACAAUUGUGUGACUGGAAGAAAAACAUUAAAAAUAGACAUUUGAAUCUUGCCAAUGGUUUGGUGAGAUUUUCAUGUUAAAUGGUUUCCGAAUGCAUUUGCUUUUACAGAAAUUUUCCUAAUAACUUUAAUAAGCUGAUUAAAUCCUACUUUCCUUACAUUGCAUAGGUCUGUGAAAGUUUUAAAUGAAUAAUUCAUUUGUUAGUAUUUCUUUUGAAAUAUGUUAUUCAGUAGUAAAUAUUUUCACCCAGCAUCAGGAACAUUUCUGCCAGUCUGCCUGCAGAGUUGACUAGGACAUGGACUGUUGAUGCCACCUAUUGCUGCAAUCCUCUGAGUGAGAACUGUAAUUGGUAUUGGCUCUGGUAUUAAAAAAAAACAGGAAAACAACAUAUGCCUAAAAAAAUGUAAUACAUGGUGCUAAUGAAUCUGUUGUCUCUUUCUGGACUUGUACAUGGAGCAUAAAUAACAGACAAAUUAAAUAGGUACAGGCAUAUUACAUUUAGUAUUUUUCUGGUUGUUACCAUUCAAUUAUUGCAACUUAAAAGCUGGCCUUUUUUAAAUUUGCACAUAAUGUAAUACUGUGAAAGUAACUGGGGACAUGGUGACCUAUAUAAUAUAGAUUGAAAUCUGUCUGAAACCAGUAAUGCAUGUCAGAGGCCAAAACCCUACAAUACAGAAAGGGAAAAGUAUGGUGCUCAUUGCAUUUGCAUUUAUAUUUCCAUGAAUGAAAUAAAUAUUUUAUAAGUAAUAAACUCUAUGCACUUGUUACAGAAGGUGGUCCAAGACAGUAUAACUUCAUUCACUUCAACUAGUUAAUACGGUUUGAAUUGAUAACAUAAAUUACAGGGGCAAACCAAUUUCAAGAUCAUCACAUACUACCCAAACUGACCUUUUACACUCAUCAUUCAGCUGGGGACAUUAGCACACUUCAGACUUUUCUCUCUAGCAUUGCCCACAGGCAAACCCAGAAGUGUCUUCUACGACAUGAAAUUUACAUACAGUCUACAAAAGCUAUUCCAAAACUCACAUAUGACAUCCAAACAUUCAAGCAUGUUUUUCCCUACUGAUUGUUUCAAGUAGGAGCCAGGUUUUCUGUGUCACAUCUAGCCAUUUCUCUAGAAACUAACACUGAAUGCUGAUAGCCAGAACUUGAGACUUCAUAGUGAGUCUCUUAGUAACUCAGUUGCCAGUCUGCAGGCUGCUCAGAGAAAUGGUUGACUCCCUAUCCCUGAAGGUAUUUAAAAGACACAUAGAUAUGGUGCUUAGGGACAUGUUCUCAUGGUAGGCUUGGCAGUGUUAGAUUUAUGGUUGGACUCAAUGUAAAUUAUUCUAAGAUUUGCUUUUUAGGCAUUCAGAUACAACAGUGAGGGAGAUCUGUAUAGGGCUAAGAAGAAAAUGCUAUUGACAGUAUUUAACUUCUCAGUUUAUGGCAGACAUGAUUUAGUGCAAUACUGAUGAAUCUGAGUUCAUAUGUACCUUUUAAUUUAUGUUUAUGUACCUGUUUCAAAUUCAGUGUAUUAAUAGGCCUAUGUACUAUUAUAAUACAUUAAUUGAAUGUGUGUGUGCAUUUUAGGCAUUUGUAUAACACUACAUGUAUGCAUUUGUAUAACACUAAUUAGUUUUAUAAAAAUGUGCAUCAUUAAAUGCUUCAAUGUA